UGAGGUAACAACAGACAUGGCGGCGCUCGGAGCAGCACGGUGCUUGUCUUGGAGUUAUUCUCGGGUGAAAAAUGUUCAAAGGACUAGACAAAUCCUGAUGAGAUGUAGUGUAAGGGCGUUUUGCAGUGAAACAAACAAUGACGCUCCUCCAGGCCACGCAGAGCCCCAGUUUAGAGAUCCAGCUGUGCAGGAUAUUCUCAGCAGAAUAACAGGUCUGGACCUGCAAAAAGUGUUCCGACCCAUGAAACAGGAGCUAAAGCCGCCCACGUAUAAGCUGAUGACGGAUGAACAGCUGAAGCAGGCCGUCCAGGACGCCGCAGGGCAGGCUAAGAAGCUGCUUCAGAUGCCUCCCGUUCUUCCCGAGAGGAAGGCCAUCAACGAUGUGCUUUCUGAGGAUAAGAUCCUGGAGGGCAUGGAUACAGCCAAAUACGUCUUCACAGACAUCACCUACAACAUCCCACACAGGGAUCGGUUCAUAGUUGUUAGGGAGCCUAAUGGGACUCUUAGGAAGGCAACGUGGGAGGAAAGAGAUCGGCUUGUUCAGGUCUACUUUCCCAGGGAGGGCCGCAAGCUGACGGCACCGCUCAUCUUCAAGGAGGAGAACCUCAAGAUGGUGUUUUCUCAGGACCGUCAUGAGGAUGUGCUGGACUUGUGUCUAGUCCAGUUUGAACCAGACUCCGCAGACUACAUCAAAGUGCAUGCAGCCACAUACGAGGACCUGGACAAACACGACAAAUAUGACCUGUUGCGAUCCACCAGACACUUUGGAGGUCUGGUCUGGUACCUGCUCAAAGCACGGAGGGUGGACGGGCUCAUAGUGGACAUGCUGAAGAGAGAACUGCUUACGGAUGCUGCGAGCCUUGUCUCUCUCUUCCACAUGGUCCAUCCCCUCAGCGAGUCGGCUCAGGAAGCUGCCAGCCAGCAGGCCGCCGGCACUGACCUGAUUAAGAUUUAUUCCCAGAGGGAGUCCCAGAAGUCGGGCUACAUCGAGCUGGCUCUGCAGGCGUUCGAGCAGCGGACCGCGGAGAGCUCAGUCGCCUAACCGCACUGCACCAAGCUGAUGAUAAAGACGUUCAUUCACAAUGAUGAAUGGUACCAAGAACAGAGGGGGAUUUCCCCCGUCAUGAAAACUGACUCUUUGUUCUGGACCUGCGUGGGUCCAACACGAAUCCUGACUGAAAGGAAAGCUACACACGUAACAGCCAUCAAUCUGAAGGGUCAAGAAGAGCAAGAGGUUUCAAAGUAUAAAAAUAAAUGUAUCUCACUGUUGUACAUAGAAAAAUAAAACCAGUCUUUGUACCCAAAUGUGAUGUUUUUGGUGAAAUGUAAUAUGAUAAUAAAGAGAUAAUAAAGAGGA